CACAUCUUAAUUUUGCAGAAACAAGUCUGAAGGAUGGAUGAAGACUUCAAAGCACAGGCACUCGACUCUGCUCUUCAGGGUCCGUCAGAGACGUUGCUUUCCAUUCGACUGCUGGACUUCAAAACCAGUUUGUUGGAGGCAAUAGAAGAGCUGCGGAUUAGGAGGGAAACGGAGACUAAUUAUGAAGAUCAAAUAAACAAAAUCGUUGUGGAGAAACAGGAACUUGAAUGGCAGAAGGAAACUCUGCAGCACCAGACAGAUACGUUGCAGCAACAGAACAAAGAAGCUAUGGCAGCUUUUAAAAAACAGCUGCAGGCAAGGAUGUUUGCCAUGGAAGAAGAAAAGGGAAAAUACCAACUUGCUGUAGAAACAAAAGAAAAAGAAAUCGAUGGACUGAAAGAAACAUUAAAAGCAUUACAGAUUUCAAAAUACACUUUACAAAAGAAACUGAACGAGAUGGAUCAGAAAUUACAGAUGCACUCGGCAGCCAAAGAGGAGCAUCAGAAGAAACUGAGCGAAGUGGAGAGGUGUUAUGUUACCAUCGCAUCCCAGUUUGGAAUCGUGAAGGGAGUCCAUGGAAAACUGGAGCACAGUGUGCAGGAAGCCAUCCAGCACAAUAAGAAACUGAUGGCAGUGAACAGAAGACAAGAGACUGAAAUCAGUAACCUGAAGGAAGAACUGAAGAAAGUAACUGCAGACUUGAUAAGGUCCAAGGUCACAUCUCAGUACAGGGUGGGAGAAGAAAACAUCAAUCUCGCAGCGAAGGAAAAACAGUUUCAAGAACUGCAGCAGAAAAUCAGAAUGGAGACUGCAGUCAGUAAAAAAGUUCAAGAAGAAAACACACACAUUAAAGAAGAAAAGCUGGAAAUCCUCAGCUCCCUCCAGUGUGUGCAGGAGCUCCUUCAGCGAACAACCCAAACGAAUGCCAGGAUGGAAAGCGAAUUAAAUGCGCUGAAAGAAGAAUAUCAGGCCCUUGAGAGAGAUAAUGAGCUGCAAAGGGAGAAGGCAAAGGAAAAUGAAGAAAAGUUCCUUAAUCUUCAGAAUGAGCAUGAGAAAGCACUGAGAACUUGGAAAAAAGAUGAGGAAAACAUGAGAAGAGAAAUGGAUACUAUUAAAAAUGAGCUGAAUUCCCUUAAAGGACUUCAUGGACAUCUUGAAGAUUAUCAUCCUCCUCAGGGAAAUCAGCAUUCUGAGCAAGUGGAAAAUCUGCAGGUGCACUCAGCAGUCCUGCCCACACCAACAAAGCUGAGUGGUCAAGAACAAUCAAAAGACAGUGGCAUACAGGCUAUUCAGAAAGAAAAUGAGUUUAUACAAUCUGUAAUAAGAAAAUACGGUAAUUGUGGACACGAAGAAGAAAGUGAAGUAAAAACCACAAGAGACCAUUCUUCAAACACCGAGGAAUUACAGACAGAACAAAAUUUACAAGUUCUUGAAAACAGUUCUAAGGAUGAAAUUAAUGUUGCUGGUGCUUGUGAAGAAAAGCAAAGGGAGGCUUCUCCCAGGAAUACCCUCUGCACAGAUACUGGUUUAAUUACCCAAGGACAGAGCUCAGAAAUUCAUGUCACUGGGAGCAAAGAGGCAGAAAAUCCAGGAGCAACACAGAGAAUGGCACUGGAUGAGAACAACCCAAAUUUAGAACAAAAGCCCCAGGCCAGCACCGAGCCAUGGGCAGCAGCCCACACACAAAGAAAGGCCUUUUUAGACACCACUGAACCUGCAGGUGCUGACAAGAAAAAUGGGAACCAGGAGAUCAACUCCAGCAAGCAGGAGCUGUGCAAUGCUACAGCUGAAUCCUGUGCUGAGGCACACACAAAGUCAGACACCCUACAACACAGCACGAGUGUCCUGACACCUGAAGCACUCAAACCUGAGACUCAAGUGGUUGUUUGCCCUGAGAAGGAUGCUCUGUGUGAGAGAAGUACAGGCGACCAUCAAGCUAAAGAAAGGUCUCAAACAGAAUACCAAAAAUGUAGCCUGCUGACCAGUGACAAUUACGUGGGCAGCAGGUUACAUCAAAUAGAAAAAACCUUCAAUCUGAGUGGUUUCCACAAACUUCCUCUUAAACAGGUGCAUGCAGGUGCUGAAGACAGAAACGAUGCCAGAAACACAAACACAAAAGGUGCCCUGGGGAGCAGUGGAGUUCCAGCAACCGAUGCUCAGAAUCUACCAACUGUGAAUUGUGAUGACACUGGGAAAGAACACAGUGACAACGUGACUGUCUCAGCCGCUUUCAGUUUAUGCCCCCCAAAAACUGAGAGAGGAAUAAAGGUGGGUGACGUGCCCAGCAAGCAGCCUGAUCAAGACAGUUCUAAACAAACAGGGAGUGCUACAAAUUCAAGCACCUCCAAUGCUGAAACCACAUCUCCAGGAAAGGCUGAUGGUCUUGGAAUUGCUCCUAAAAACCCCCCGACAGAUAGGGCUGGUACAGAUAAACUAAUUCCAUGCAAAAAAGUCAACGGUGAUACUCAGAUACACUCCAUCAAAAAUGGGCAUUCCCCGGAGAUUAAUAAUUCAACAAAUAACACAUUGUUGAAAGAGAAGAAAGACUUGCUGACCAGUACAGUUCCAGGAAGGAAGUUUGCUGAGGGUCACCUGAAAGAAUCGUGCUCUUUCCCCAUGAGAACAUCUGGAAAUUUAGUAAACAUAAGUGGAAGGUCAUCCUCUGAUCUUUCAACCUCAGAUAAAAAAGCUGAGAAAACUCCACUAUACUUCAAUUUCUUAGACCUCAGUUCUUGUUCAAGAGUAAAUCAAACGAGAGGUCAAGCUGCAUGGACUUCAGCUCCCAAGGAACCUUCCCUUUUGAAACUGCCAUGCUUGGUGGAAAACACAAAGGGGAUUUCAAAAACACAGUGUCAAAAUCCCGGUGAAAAUGCGGACAUAGGAGAAACAGGACAAGGCAGUACAAGUUCUACCAGAGCUGCCAACACUUUGAAUACCUCCAAUAUCCAGCAAGACCCCCAGGGAGAGCCCAGUGAAGAAUGGAAUGCUACAGCAAAGACUUUUUAUGAUUCCUCUUUUCCCACAGAACAUGUGAAAGAAGGAUUCACUGCUUUACAGCAGAAGUCUUCUCCCGUGACUGUAACUCCAGCAAGAAGUGAAAAAGCACUCAGAGAUGAGGACAACUCUGCUCUUCACAACUCCAUUAUUCAAAACCAAAUAGAUAUGGAGAAAUUCCAGAAUUUGGAGAUACUUCACUCAGCAAGAAAAAGAAAAUACGAAGAAGGCCAGUGAAAAUGAGUGUCAGCAGAUAAGCAUGUCUUUUAGGCACAGCCAGAUCACUUCCCUAAACCACAUUUGUAGAGGUAUUCCUAGAGAAUAUGGGAUAGAUGUGUAAACUUCCAUGUUUAAUACAGCAUAUAAGCAUUUCUUAUGUUCAAAAAU